CUGAGGAUCUUACGCGUGUGGUGAGUGGUGCGGUGGAACGUUCGUUGCGUUGUAUCGACGCGAGUCAACUCUAAGCGAUAGAUAUUUGAAGAUCUCAACGAUAAUGGCAGGAAAUGCGACAGCUGCUUUAGCCGUCAGCGGCACCCGAUCAACGGGUGAACCAGUGAGAACUCAAAAUGUGAUGGCAGCUGCGUCGAUCGCUAACAUUGUCAAGAGUUCGUUGGGCCCUGUGGGCCUCGACAAAAUGCUGGUCGACGAUAUCGGUGAUGUAACAAUUACGAAUGAUGGAGCCACUAUUCUGAAGUUGCUUGAGGUGGAGCACCCAGCAGCAAAAGUCCUUUGUGAAUUGGCUGAUCUGCAAGACCAAGAGGUUGGUGAUGGAACAACCUCUGUGGUUAUUAUUGCUGCUGAGCUACUCAAAAAUGCGGAUGAACUCGUCAAACAGAAAAUUCACCCUACAACUAUUAUUGCCGGCUACCGACUUGCGUGUAAAGAGGCCUGCCGCUUUAUCCAGGAUCAUCUCACUACGACAGUCGAGGAAGUGGGUCCAGAAUGUCUUGUAAAUGUGGCUAAAACCGCAAUGUCCUCUAAAAUUAUAGGUCCUGAUUCAGACUUCUUUGCAAAAAUGGUUGUUGAAGCUGCCCAAGCUAUCAAAGCCAGUGAUGGUAAAGGUGGCUUUAAGUACCCCAUCAAGACCGUUAACGUACUGAAGGCCCACGGCGCAUCGACACGGGAAUCAGUACUUGUGCACGGUUAUGCUCUUAACUGCACGAUUGCUUCACAGGCAAUGCCGAAGACUGUAAACAACGCGAAAAUCGCCUGUUUAGACUUCUCUCUCCAAAAAGCCAAGAUGCCAAUGGGUAUUCAAGUGUUGGUAAGUGAACCAGAGAAACUUGAGGCUAUUAGACAGCGCGAGAUGGACAUCACUAAGGAACGUAUCGCUAAGAUUCUCACCGCUGGAGCGAAUGUGAUCCUUACGACUGGAGGUAUUGAUGACCUGUGCCUGAAGUACUUCGUUGAGGCAGGAGCUAUGGCUGUACGACGUUGCAAGAAGCAGGAUCUACGUCGUAUUGCAAAGGCGACUGGAGCCAGUUUGCUGACGAGUCUGUCUAACCUCGAAGGUGAUGAGACCUUCGAAGCUGCUAUGCUCGGAGAAGCGGAAACAGUUGCUCAGGAGCGAAUUUGCGACGAUCAACUCAUUCUCAUUAAGAAACCUAAGGUUCACUCAGCUGCCUCCAUUAUUGUACGUGGCGCCAACGAUUUCAUGGUCGAUGAGGUCGAACGUUCUGUGCAUGACGCGUUUUGUGCCGUCAAGCGUGUACUUGAGUCGAAGACCGUCGUGGCUGGUGGUGGGUCCGUUGAGGCCGCACUGUCUAUCUACCUUGAAGGAUAUGCCACUCUACUGAGUUCGCGGGAACAGCUUGCCGUAGCUGAGUUUGCCCGAUCACUCCUUGUUAUUCCAAAAACGUUGGCUGUUAAUGCAGCUAAGGAUGCCACCGAUCUCGUCGCAAAACUCCGUGCGUACCAUAACUCGGCGCAGACGAAUGCUGAACAGCACGGUGCCCACAAAUGGAGCGGUCUGGAUCUGAUCGAAGGCGGCGUACGUGACAAUCGCGCAGCCGGUGUUCUCGAGCCAACGAUGAGCAAAAUCAAAUCCCUGAAGUUCGCAACCGAGGCCGCUAUCACCAUUCUUCGUAUCGACGACCUCAUCAAACUGAAUCCAAACGACAAGCGAGGGGCAGCGGAUGAGGACGAUUGCCGUUAAGGCCAUAUAUCUAUUUAGAUUGUUUCUGGUUAGAUAUGAGAAAUACGAACUAAGAAGCGCAAACAAACUUGAACUUCAAUCAAAAGAAGGAAUACAUAAAAUAUAAUUUCAUUUAAGAUUAUACAUGAAUAAGGAAAUAAAAUAAUUACUAUCCAUUCA